UUAUUCUAUCACGAAUUUUAUUAUUUUCAUUUAUUUCAUUUAAAAUGGUUUGUUAAAUGCUAGUAUUUAAUGUAGAUCUAAUACUUUUAUAAUUAGCUUCAAAAGAAUUAUAACUGAUUUGAACCUAAUUUCCAUUUAUAUACAAAUUGGCAAAAACUUACAAUAUGUGAAAUUUGAGUUACAUAAAAAAAAAGAAGUUGCCUAGUGCUUUUUUUUUUAAAUUUGUGUGGGAGAUUGUUGAUAGUCUGAUUUGUAAAAUAAUAAUAAAAUCAGAUUUUCAAAUGAAAUUAUUUUGAUGACAUUUAACUCAAUUUAAAAUAUCUUGUUAAUUAAGAAAAUUAAAUUAUCAGUAGUUCUGUAAUUAUGUUAAAUCAUAAUGUUAUUAAAGUCGAUUGAUUUUCACAUAUUUUCCAUAAUUUACAAAAUGUUGCAAAUACAUAAAACUCUCUAGAUAUUGUAACCAAACUUUCUUAUAUAUUCUCCUUCAAAAAAAAAAUCCACAUAAAUCAAAAUCCCAGAUUAGAAAAGUGAAAUAACUUAGUAGUAUGCUUUUAAGGGGCUAAGUCUAUAUAAUGAUAAUAAAUGAAGCGGUAAUGACGAACCGACGAAUUAGAAACUUUCAAAUAAAUUAAUAAUUUACAGAGAAAAGGGAAGAAUUUAAUAAAACACGUGUCGCUGCCUCUCCUCCUCCUCCUCCGCAUCGCCGGGGUUCCCUCUUUCUCCCCUGUGAAAAACUCUGCAUUUAUCAAUCUUCCUUUUUCUUCUUCUUCUUCAGAUUCCCAAAAACCCUUUACUCUCUCUCUCUCUCUCUCUCUAGUCGUUUUUCUCACUGUAAAAAUCAUCCAUCAAGUCAACCAAAUCUACAUCAAAGUUUGAAACUUUCAAUUUGUUUUUGUUUUUUUGUUUCUAAAGAAACUUAAUUGUGAUUCUUCUUUCGUGUUGUAUCUCUAAUACCAAAUCUCAAUCCAAAAAAACAUACCCUUUUGCUCUGUUCCGCCAUGAUCGAUCUAAACUGAAUUCAAAACAGAGGAAACCUCUGAUUUUUCCUGGAAAGUUCGUUUCUUUUUACCUCCAAAUUGCGUCUAGCUCCAGAGAUUCAAAAAGGGUUUACUAAUGGGGGCGGUGACGUCAUCAAUGGCUGCAAAGUUUGCGUUUUUCCCGCCAAACCCGCCGUCGUACGGUGUCGAGGUAGCAGAGGAGACUGGGAAGCUGAGGCUAACGGGUGUAGAGAACGUGAAGGAGAACGUAGAAGUGCUGAAGCUCAAGACGAAGAGAGGGAAUCAGGUGGUUGCGGCGUAUAUUAAGAACGCUAAAGCCUCGCUCACGCUUCUGUAUUCACACGGCAACGCCGCUGAUCUCGGCCAGAUGUUCGAGCUCUUCUCCGAGCUCAGCCUCCAUCUCCGCGUCAACUUGAUUGGGUAUGACUAUUCAGGUUACGGAAGGUCUUCAGGGAAGCCUAGUGAGCAGAACACGUACCACGAUAUAGAAGCAGUGUAUAGAUGCUUGGAAGAGCAGUAUGGUGUCAAGGAACAAGAUGUUAUUUUAUAUGGACAAUCCGUAGGAAGCGGACCGACUUUAGAGUUAGCUUCUCGGUUACCAAACCUCAGAGCUGUUGUUCUCCACAGUGCUAUUGCUUCUGGUAUUAGAGUCAUGUACCCUGUCAAACGAACUUACUGGUUUGACAUUUACAAGAACAUUGAUAAGAUAUCUCUUGUCAAAUGCCCGGUUCUGGUGGUUCACGGAACAUCAGAUGAUGUAGUUAACUGGUCUCAUGGGAAGCAACUAUUCGAUCUUUGUAAGGAGAAGUAUGAACCGCUUUGGAUAAAAGGAGGAAAUCACUGCGACUUAGAGCUAUACCCUCAGUAUAUAAAGCAUCUAAAGAAGUUUGUAUCAGCGGUUGAGAAGUCUCCUCAUCUUCCAAGCGGAACUGUGCCACAGACAGAGAAGGCGAGGAGCAGUACAGAUGUUAGAGAAUCUUCAAGGCCAAGCAUAGAUCAAAGAGAGAAGUCGAGAACGAGUGCGGAUCAAAGAGAGAUGCCUAAACUGAGUACAGAGAGUAAGGAUAUAGCGAGAGCGAGUGUUGAUAAGAGAGAAAGAACGAGAAAAAGUGUUGAUGGGUGUGAGAAACCAAGUAAUGCUACAGAACAACAGAUACAACCAGAGAAAGGGAGGAAAAGUAUUGACAGGUUUGGGGGGAUGAUAAGAUCAGUAGGGUUGUGCAACAUAGAUUGUUUCAAGCCUACAGCAACAGCUAAAUGAAUUGGUAGAAGAGACAUGAACAUACACAUGCAUCCAAAACGUGUAAUUUUAAUUGUUUGAUAUUUGGUUUGUUCUCUUUUAACACUUUGCCCCCUUGUGUUUUUGAAUUAAACAAGUCACAUGUGAAUGAUUGAUGGAUCUACU